AUGUCAGUGUUUGGCCACCGUGGGUUCAAAGCCAACUACCCCGAAAACACCCUUGAAGGGUUCGACCACUGUUUGGCCACAGGGUGCUCGGGGAUCGAGACCGACGUGUGGCUUCUGAAGGACAAGGUGGUGGUGGUGAGCCACGACCCCAAUACCAAGCGGGUGUUUUGUCAUAAGGAUGGUAGCGAGGCUGAUUACGAGAUCCCCGAGACUGAUUUCAGCGAGCUUAAGCCGUUGGUGGACUUAGAACUGCGGGCGCCGUUAAUCUCGUUCCACGACUUAUUGACGUGGUUCGUCAAGAACCAGGCUCAGGGUGCUGGCGACCAGAAGAUCAUGCUUGAUAUUAAGAUCGGUAACCCGCCCGAGAUCCUCGAAGUGGUGUUUAAGGAGAUGUACCAGUUACACCAAGAUUGGGGGUUCUGGGCUCGCCACGUCCAGUUAGGCGUGUGGCACCUCGACUUUUUGAAAUACUUAAACCAGGCUCCUUACUUUCAACAGAUCCCUAACGAUGUCACGUGGGAAGUGGUUAACAUCUCGUUCCUGUGGACGGUGCUGGUGCCGUUUGUCGAAUACAGUGCCUGGUUGGACACCGCCGACGUGAAACGGCCCUACAAGUUACUGGCGGUGCUGCUUAUCUACUUGCUGACGUGGACGCCGCUGUUUGUGGCGAGAUUCGUGCCGCUUUUGCGCCAGCACUCUAUGUCCCUCUUCUCGUGGACGAUCAACUGGCGUGGACAAAUGGACUACCUUCGUCUGGUGGCGGAAACAGCCCAACUCCAAUGGGGGGUAAUUUCUGACCAUCCCGAUAAGGUGGUGGCGUGGUCGAAGUCGCCCAUUGCUCACGCCGAGCUCAGCUGGUUGCAAAAGGGGCUCGCCUACGGGUUCGACCAUUUCUUCCACAAGCCGCAGCAGGUACUGGCAGCGGCGUUUGCGGCGCCGGUGGACCCGCAUCACCGCCAUACGCUCAAGCGGUCGAAGGUGGGGAUGUACAUUUUCCAGUGGCUCCAGCGACAGGGCUGGUUGUAG